AAAUAGCCUCAAAUACAAACACGGGAGUUGGGUUUUCACCGCAGACGACGGUCAGAUUGGUGUUUGACGGACGUCGCGGCUCAGCAAGAAAAUCCAACUUCAACGGCGCUUCCGUUCCCUUGCCAGUCUCUGCUAAGUCAGACUGCGUCUGUUUACGAUGAAUGCGUAUUAGAUUCGAGAUUGUUACCCAUUUACCAUAUUCCCAAUCCCAGCUUUCUUUUCCUUUCUGGUUUAAACGAAUUUGACCAGAUUUCCCCUUCAUUCGUGUUAAUUGCUUAAUCUAUUUUGCCUGUCUGGACAUCGUUUUUGCGAAUCCUGGCAAUGCUUCUGGAUUCCCUGGGCUGGUUUAUUUUUAAUCGAUUUCCACCCUCUCCUGGAGUUUUCUUUUGGGGCUCGUCUUAGGAGUUUUUCCUAUCUAGACUAGUUUGUGUUUACCGCAAGUACAUCAUCAUUAUCCUCCGAUCGUUAUCUAACUUCUCGAUUUUGGAUUCUAUAUUUCGGUUUGUUUUCUAAGUUUUCUCCUCCCAAAUGGCCUACACACCGCAGUCUUCCUCCGGCUUCUCCGUCACUCUCCCGGCCCCGCAACCCGACACCCCAACUCCUAGCUCUGAGAAAAAUCCAAUGCCUUCGCCCUUAACCUCGAUAGGACCCUCCAGAUUUCCUCCAAAAUUCCAACAGGAUCAGAUGCCAUCACCUUCCAUCAGAACGCCAAUCGCAUCCUCACCGGCGAAUGGAAUUAAAACCGGCAGUCCAAUUCCUCACUUGAGUACUCCCCCCGGACCUCCUGUUUUUACUUCACCUAUUAGGCCUGCUGCUGUCCCCUUUCGUACUUCACCGGCUUCUCCUCAGCCGAUUGUCUUCUCUUCUGGUUCGUCCUUACCAGCUUCUACACCUCCACAUUUUUUGAAUGCAUCAGCCGGGUUGCAACACCAGAUAUCUGAUGUUUCAGAGGAAUCAAUGCCUCUUGAGGAAUCACCAUAUGUUCUAUUCUCUUCGCAGAAGGUGCUGAAGCUGAAGAAACAAGCUAAUGUUCCCAGUUUGGGUUUUGGAGCACUGGUUUCACCUGGGAGGGAAAUUUCAUCAGGUCCUCAGAUAAUACAGCGCGAGCCCCAUCGUUGCCCAAGCUGUGGAGCUUAUUCAAAUCUGUAUUGCAAUAUCUUAAUUGGUUCGGGUCAGUGGCAGUGUGUAAUUUGUCGGAAGCUGAAUGGAAGUGAGGGUGAAUACGUAGCACCAAGCAAAGAAGACCUUUGUCAUUUCCCAGAAUUGUCAUCAUCUAUGGUUGAUUAUGUCAGAACUGGGAAUCGGAGACCAGGGUUUAUUCCAGCUUCUGAUUCAAGAACGUCUGCACCCGUUGUUUUGGUUAUUGAUGAGUCUUUAGACGAGCCUCAUCUGCAGCAUCUCCAGAGCUCCUUGCAUGCUUUUAUUGAUUCAGUUUCCCCCACUACAAGAAUUGGAAUUAUACUGUAUGGCCGGACUGUAUCAGUAUAUGAUUUUUCGGAAGAAUCUGUUGCCUCUGCUGAUGUGCUUCCCGGUGAUAAAUCACCAACUCCAGACUCUUUGAAAGCAUUAAUUUACGGAACAGGAAUAUAUUUAUCACCAAUGCACGCCUCACUUCCUGUAGCACACACAAUAUUUUCAUCACUGAGGCCUUAUAAAUCAAGUGUUCCAGAAGCCUCAAGAGAUAGGUGCCUUGGUACUGCAGUUGAAGUUGCUCUUGCCAUAAUCCAAGGACCUUCAGCAGAAGUGUCUCGAGGAGUAGUUAGAAGAUCGGGAGGUAAUAGUAGAAUUAUUGUGUGUGCUGGUGGGCCUAACACGUGCGGCCCUGGGUCAGUUCCACAUUCUGUCAGUCACCCAAAUUACCUACACAUGGAGAAGUCUGCUUUAACUUGGAUGGAGCAUCUUGGUCGUGAGGCUCAUCGACAAAAUACUGUGGUUGACAUUCUAUGUGCUGGAACAUGCCCUGUAAGAGUUCCUAUUUUGCAGCCUCUUGCAAAAGCUUCUGGUGGUGUUUUGGUUCUACAUGAUGACUUUGGGGAAGCCUUUGGUGUGAACUUGCAGAGGGCAUCUGCUAGGGCUGCAGGUUCUCAUGGUUUAUUAGAAGUACGCUGUUCUGAUGACAUUUUAAUCACCCAAGUUGUUGGUCCAGGUGAAGAGGCGCAUGUAGACACGCAUGAAACCUUCAAAAAUGACAGCUCUCUCUACAUUCAAAUGCUUAGUGUAGAAGAAGCUCAGAGCUUCUCCCUCUCGAUGGAGACUAAGAGGGACAUAAAGAGUGAUUUUGUAUUUUUCCAGUUUGUUGUACAAUAUUCAAAUGUUUAUCAAGCUGACAUAUCAAGAGUAAUUACUAUCAGAUUGCCUACUGUUGAAAGCGUAUCAGAAUAUUUGGAAAGUGUUCAAGAUGAAAUAGCUGGAGUCCUUAUUGCCAAGAGGACUGCCUUGCUAGCUAAAAGCCAGUCUGAUGCAAUUGAUAUGCAGGCUACAAUAGACGAAAGAGUGAAAGAUAUUGCUUUGAAAUUUGGGACCCUGGCACCAAAGUCAAAGAUUUAUCGGUUUCCAAAGGAACUGUCUUCAAUGCCGGAGCUUCUGUUCCAUUUGAGAAGAGGCCCUCUUCUUGGAAGCAUUGUUGGUCAUGAAGAUGAAAGGUCUGUGUUAAGAAACUUGUUUUUGAACGCAUCCUUUGAUCUUUCCCUCCGUAUGGUAGCACCUCGCUGUCUAAUGCACCGGGAAGGGGGUACUUUUGAAGAGCUUCCAGCAUAUGACCUAGCUAUGCAGUCAGAUGCUGCUGUUGUUCUUGACCACGGAACAGAUGUCUUCAUUUGGUUGGGUGCUGAGCUUGCAGCUGAAGAAGGAAAAAGUGCAGCUGCUUUAGCAGCUUGCAGAACACUGGCGGAAGAGCUUACUGAAUCCAGGUUUCCAGCUCCCAGGAUUCUUGCGUUCAAGGAGGGGAGCUCUCAGGCUCGGUAUUUUGUUUCUCGGCUAAUACCGGCACACAAGGACCCUCCUUACGAACAGGAGGCUAGAUUCCCGCAACUUAGAACAUUGUCCACAGAGCAGCGGACAAAGCUGAAAAGUAGUUUUCUUCAUUUCGAUGAUCCCAGUUUCUGUGAAUG